UCUGAACUUCUUCAGAAAGCUAAACGUUCAGACAUAGUACUCGUAGUAGGUGACUUGAAUGCCCAGAUCGGUAGUUUAAACCAAACAGAAAGGCAUUAAGGUGCGUAUUUUAGUAUUCCGGCUCAGCGAACAGAUAAUGGUGAUCGUCUUCCUCAACUGUCCUCAGAAAAUCGUUUAUCUAUAGUAAUCACUAAUUUAAGCAGAGACAUCGGAGAGAGCACUAUUUUAAGCAUAAGAAGAUACAUCGUCUAACAUGGCGACCCCAUACACCAAACUAUCGAUGGACCCCAAUACACCAUAUUGCCAUCAUUCAUCGUUGAAGAGGGUCGGUAGAAGAUUGUCGCUCAUUCUGGAGUACCUGCUUGGACUCCGACCAUGCCCUAAUACGAGCACGCAUCUGCUUGCGUCUCACUGGACGCAAGAAAGUCACAUUAAAAAGACCCACUAGAACUGAAAUGAGUAACGAGAAAACCAAAAUUAGGUUCCAGGAACAAACAAGGUCACACUUAGAUAGUUCUGAAAAUGAGGCUGACCCAGAUGUAGCUUGGAGAGAUAUACAAGCAGCUGUGGAAACAGUAGUGGCAUCUACCAGUAAUUUAAACCACAAGGUUACAAAGAACCAACGGAUUUUUUCAAGGUCUAUCACACUGAUGGGUUCUCGUAAACUCAUACCAUCAGGUUCUGAGCACGAUGGAGAGCGUAAACAAAUCAGAUCUAGGUUAAGCAAAAGUCGAAGGAACGACCGUGAGCAGUGGUGGGCAACGAAAGCAAAAGAGAUGGAAAAGGCGGCGACUAUAGGGAACACAACACAGCUCUACAGACCAAUAAAAGAAAUUGGAAUUAAUAAGUCAAGUGUAAGUCAGACUAUUUCGAAAAAAGACGACACUCUUAUCUGCUCCCAGUCCAGACGUUUAGAACGAUGGGCGGAACAUUUCAGAGAACAGUUCAGCUACUCUACCAUUGCCAGACAGUGUGAAUAAAACAUUGAAGUAGGUCCCCCAACUCUGGCUGAAGUUCAAAAGGCUAUAGCUAUUCUGAAACGAGGAAGGGCAGCUGGUCCAGAUGGAUUGCCUCCAGAGGUCUUUAAGGAUGGUG